AAGUUAUUUCUCAUUAUAACUAUACCAAACUUCAUAAUAAUAAGAUCGAGAAUCUUUAUUUACUUCCAUUCGAGAAAUUCUAGAUGUGAAAUAAUACGGCGAUGUAGGUAUUUUAAAACAAUUUCCUGAUUCAGUUAUUCCCUCAAUUUAUUAACACGUACACACACACGUCUGAAUAGUUCGUUAGUUUUAUUCGCAGCGUGGUCAAAGGUGUUACAGCAGUUGAAUGAUUUUGGAAUAAGAUCUUUUUAUGAAUGAAGCAAAAGUGCACGUGCAAGUUCCACAGCAGUCAACAACAAUAUGCCAACAGGUUUAGAAACGAUUGAAUGGAUUUAUAUCCGCAUAUAGCGAUAACUAUUCAAUUGAUGUGAUAUAAUUUUUUAUUUGAGAGAGCGCUACACUCUUGAUGGACAAGGCAGACAAUGAAAACAUGUGACUGUCAUUUCCUCAACAAAUAAUUUCUAUGGGAAGUCUGAUCGACCGCAUUUGUUCGAUAAAUCAGAUAUCGUCCAGAUGCCAACUUCUCACUCCAUACUGAAAUACAAAUGAGGAAGUAACACACCAGUCCAGGUCGUUUAUAGUAAACGGCAAAAUACACAGAAAAGUUUGUGAUAAUCGCGUGAAGAAAUGUCAGAUGGAAGGAGAUGUUCAAGAGAGCUCGAAGUGAUAGAGCCCCUCCUGGAGGUACCGGAAGAAACUUUGAGUAACCAGCCAACAGUGGAAAAUUUACAAAAUGCACGAACGAAUGUAAGAAAUAACAGAAGUGUUGCUAUAAUUGAAGAGGAAGAUGCUAAAACAAAAACUAAAAAAGUACCCCCAGACGGAGGUUGGGGUUGGCUGGUGCUUUUUGGAGCCACCUUAGUCAAUGUUCUCAUUCCAGGAACAAUUAAAUCUUUCGGAAUUCUUCUGGUGGAAUUUUUAGAGGUUUUUAGAACGAGUCCAGCAACAGCUAUGUGGAUACCAUCUCUAUGUUACUUUUUAUAUAGUUCCUUAGGUCCUGUAUCAAGCAUCCUAUCAUUAAAGUAUUCCUAUAGAACUGUUACGUUAAUUGGAGGUACCUUUGCAGCAGUUGGAAUGAUGUGUACAACAUUUGCCCAAAAUAUAAUAUAUGUGUAUAUUACUGUUGGAGUUUUUGUUGGAACUGGAGCAGGCCUAGCUUUCCCUCCAACUGUGUAUAUUGUGACAAGUUAUUUUAACAGAUUACGUGGUCUAGCUAACGGUAUUUGUAUAUCUGGCUCAGCCCUUGGCUCUAUAAUAUUACCACCCCUUCUGAGAAUUAUUCUAGAAGAAUAUGGUUAUCGAGGGACCUGCCUGAUAAUCGGAGGUUUGAUUCUAAACGUUUGGGUAGCUGCUUUAUUCUACGAUCCCGUAGAGAAACACAUGAAAACUAUAAUAAUAGAACCAGAAGAUGAAGAUGAUAAGCAAGAAGAAUUGAUAGUCACAAGUACUUUGAAAUCUGUAAACCAAAUUGAUGAAUCUUCAUCAGUUGUGGCCGACAGUAUGCUUAGUGAUACAGUUUUCUCAGAAGCCUCACGGAAAUUCAAUCGAAGCGCUUCUAGUACAGCUAUGCAAACUCUCAGAACUCAGGGCACGGUAGAAAGGAAAAUAAGUGUCCCUGCAUGUAUGUCGAAUUCUACACAAACAACAGAAAGGCAAGACGGAACAUUUCAAAGAUUGAGAGUUCCGAAGAUUGCUCAACCACCCAAAAGGAGCCCUUCUACUAGUUCGUUUCAGUACAUAACUACACCCUACCAUGGAAGUGCUUUAACAUUACAACCUGAAGUAUUCGCUAGUUCUUUUAGCCUGAGGGGAUCACAAGGGAAACUCAACGAACCACCUAAAAAAAAAUUUAUUGACUUAGCAUUACUCAAAGAUCCUAUAUACCUUAUAAUAAUGAUAUCAAGUGGAAUAAACGCAGUCAGUUAUACGAACUUCUUGAUAAUAUUACCGCAAUAUGCAAUAAUGCAAAAUUUCGGGAAGACCAAUGGGGCCCUAUUGUUAUCAGUUGUAUCAACGUUUGAUUUGAUUGGUAGAAUAGGUGGAUCAGCUUUAUCUGAUCUUCAGUGUUGCCCAAAAUUGGGUUAUUACAUUGGUGGACUGUUAAUAUCUGGAUUAGCUUUAUCUUUUCUACCAGUGUAUCCAAAUUUUGUAUAUGUUUCAUGUUGUUGCGUAGUAUUUGGUAUAUCAUCUGGAGCAUAUACAGGGGUCACAGCCGUUAUAAUGACGGAUAUGUUAGGAGAGGAUAGACUUCAAUCAACAUAUGGUAUAUCCUUGUUUUUUAAUGGUAUAUUACAGUUAAUAAGUCCACCUAUAUGCGGAGCAGUAUUAAAUGGUCCUUCGACAUAUGUUAUGUUAUUCAUUGUUUUAGGUAUUAUGUUAGUAUGUGCAGCAUCUUUAUGGCUUCUCAUGCCUUGUAUCCCAGAUUCAAAAAAACACAACAAGGAAAAAAAGAAUUAUGUACUGUAAAUUUUUUCUAAUCUGAAUGUUCUGUAGCUUACAGAAUGCAUACAUGUAUAUUUGAGUGAUUAUGGAAAAUUAUUUACCAUCUGAUCACGUGCCAUAUGGAAAAACAUCGACGAUAACAAAUUUUAUAUAUUUCAAAUAAGAAGCAAUACGAACUUCUGGAUAUAAAUUUAUAUUAAACAUGUCAAUUAUGUUCCAAGUAAGAUAUUAUUCAAUUAAAAUAAUAUCCUGUAUAAAAAACAAAAUCAGUUUCCACAAAAAUGCGAAAAGUUGUGAAAAAAAAUCUUACAAAUUAGUUUAUCACAAAUAAAACACAUUCCUAAAUAA